AUGAUUUUAUCAAUCAGAGGAACAGGCUUUACUAAGAAGCAUUCGUGCGCAGAUUGUGGCACUGACAUGCAUUUGAUUGUCAGAGGCUACAUGAAGAUUAUGUCAGGUUAUCCAGUCGAAUUUGGCCUCCAAAUUUCAAAGAUGCCUUAUGUUGUCACUCACGAUGAGAUUGCUGACGUAUUCAGCGGAAGAACUUUGUCUUUGGCACUUUCUUACUGGGAUUCUGAUUCUGAAGGCGAAUGGGCGAAUUUGAUAAAGUGCGUGACGACAAUUGCAGCCAAUGAAUUCUAA